AUGGGCGCGAUGGCGGAGCUGCCGCUGCCCGCCGGGCUCAACGCCGGCACCUUCCCUGCCAAGCUGUGGCGCCUGGUGAACAGCCCCCGGGUCGUCUCCGUGCGCUGGGACAGCCGGGCUCAGGGGCUGCUCAUCGACCGCUCCCUGUUCGAGCGGGAGCUGCUCAGCCCGGCCCCCGACCGGGCUCCGGCCCCGCGCAACUUCAGGGCCACGCGGUUCCGCAGUUUUGUGCGGCAGCUCUACCGCUACGGCUUCCACAAGAUGCCGGGCUGGCUCGGCUCAGCUGUGCCGGGCGAUGCCAGCGCCUGGCUCCCCUGCGCCAACCCCUGCUUUCGACGCGACCGCCCCGACCUGCUGCUCCGCAUCCAGCGCCGGAGCGCGGCCAACAGGCAGCGGCUGCUGGCGGGGCGGGAGGGGCGCAGCCACCCACCCAGGCACUUCAGCCCCAGUGUUCCACCUGGUAGUGCUGGUUGUGCAGCAUCGAUGGCCUCCAGCUCAGCACAGAAUCCAUCUGCAGAAGACGAAUCACCAGCAGCAGAUCUAGGCAUUGAAAUAGAAAAGAUGAUUCCGGAGAUCAGGAGAUCCUUGCCUCAAAGGUCUCCCUCUGCUCAGGGGCAUAAUAAUGUUGUCCCUGAGUCAUCAGGAGAUGAUGCUGUGAACAAGGCUGCAACAGAGGACACUUCAUCUGGCACUGAGAGCUGCAGGAACAGUUCCCCAGAGCAUGAGGAGCCUGGUAAGGAUUUUGAACACUUGGAAGGAUCCAUGCUCUCUGAAGAGCAGGCUUUAAAUUCCGAACGUGAUACGCCACGGACUUCGGAGAACACGUUGGGCCCGGGUCCUGCAGCUAGAGGGACGACUACAGAGCCGAAAAAGAAAGUGCUCUGUGUCCUGAGCGACCACAGCGGUGGGCUUGGCCGGUACGUGCUGCCGAAGCCUGGAGGGGCUGCAACAGCGCUGACGUGA